AUGGCAGUGAAUUUUUUUUUGCAAACUUGCAAAAGUAGAUUAUUAAGAAAUUGCUUGUCUAAGUCACAGCAUCUUCGUUCGUUUAACCCAUUGAAUCUCGCCCAAUGCGUUCCUUUUGGAAUUGGAAAGGGAACACUUUGUAAAUUGUCUUAUAAAAAUAUUAGCACUACAGCUUGGAUGUGUGAUUCAGACUCAGUUUCAUGUUGGAAAUGCGGAGUGAUUGUUGACUUGAACAAAGAUCUAUUUUGUGAUUACUGUGAAGUAGUUCAGAAACCCAAAGGUGAUGCCGAUUACUUUACAAUUUUUGGCAUGGAAAAAAGUUUUGAAAUAGAUGCUAGAGAACUGACAAAAAAUUUUAGGCUAUUACAAAUGCAACUUCACCCUGAUAGGUUUUCCCAAAAAUCUGAGGAUGAGAAACAAAUCUCAGCUCACUAUUCAUCAUUGUUAAAUCAGGCAUACAAAACACUUGGCUCACCACUUGAAAGGGGACUCUAUCUUCUAGAAAUACAAGGACAUCCCCUAUCAGAUGAAGGAGAGAUAAUAAUGAAACCAGAGUUUUUAAGUGAAAUAAUGGAAAUUAAUGAAGAAAUUCACGAAGCUGAAGACAACAAUGAUCUUGAAAGAAUAAAGAAAACUAAUGAAAUUAUGCUGGGGAAAUUGUUUAGGAGAGCUGCAGAUAGAUUCCGAAAUAACGAUUGGGUAGCUGCGCGUGAAUGUCUUGCGCAGUUGAAAUAUUACUCUAAAAUUCAAGACAGGAUAAAAGAACUUGAACAGGAAUUUGAAGAAGAGAAAAUUAAUUAGAGAUACCUGUUGUAUAUGAGCUGUCUUGCUUCUUAAUUAAUAGAAUUUCUUCAUAUUGAGA